AGUUUGGUUGGACUUUCAGUAACAUACGGUAACAGUACUGUGAGAUAGGAGUUAACUUCGAUUUAAAAUUACCGAUUUAUUGGCUGGUUUGACCAUUACCCUUAAUUUGACAGUUGAAAUUAUUGAGAAUCUAAUUGUGUGGAUAAUUUAUACGCAUCUCAUCGUUGGAUCUACUCCAGCGGCCAUUCCAACCAACUGAUCGAGUCGCGCACCACAGUUCAAAUAUCAGGUGGUAUGAAUACUGGUGCUAGUUUUUUAUCAAUUUUAGUUAUACUUAUAGUUGUUUCGAUUCCAAGCCACGAGAUAGAAUUUGUUGAUGAACCAAAUGAUAGUUAUGGGCUAGAGAACCAGCAAAUCACACUUGUUUGUUCAGCUGUAGGGUCUCCAAAUAUCACGAUUACAUGGCAUAAACUAGACAAUAUUUCUUUUGCAAGCGGUUCCACUAAAGUGGCUGGAGAUAGCGUAUAUUCUUCCUAUGGGUUUACUCUUGUUGGUGAAAAUGAGGGUGAUUAUUACUGCAAUGCAUCGGAUUCCCUUCACUGGAUUCAGUCCAAGAAAGCAAGUGUCCGAAUUUCAUUCCUUAACGAAAAGUUUAAAUUAGAGCCUCAAAGCAAAGUGGCAAAUAUUGGUGAUACAGUUUUAUUGGAAUGUAUUCCUCCUUUUGGGCUACCUAGUCCUACUAUUGAGUGGCUAAAGGAAAACUCUUCUCUGUUACCCAACAAUCGAAUACAGAUUAUGGAUGUUGGAAAUUUGAGGAUCGAUAGGAUAACGUGGCAAGACUCUGGUUACUAUACUUGCGUAGCCAAAUCUUUUGCUUACCGCAGGGAAAGUUCCAAGGCCUAUCUUACUGUUCGGCAGCGUCCAUAUUUUAUUGUCUCACCUAAAAGUCAAUCAGUGCCAGUGCAUAGUGUAUUUGAACUGAGUUGUCGUGCUGCUGGGGAGCCCUCCCCUGUCGUUGUUUGGCGCAGAGAACCUUCAGUCCCCAGUAUUCCAUACUCACGUGUUCGGCUGCUUCUAGGUGGAACACUUCGUUUUGUAAGUGUUCAGUCUGAUGACUCUGGAUAUUAUAUUUGUCGGGCAGUUAGUUCGACAGGGAUUGUUGAAGCAGUCGCCUACAUAAAUGUUGUUACACCUCCAGGUUUGGUUGUCACGCCUCCUAGUAAAAUAUACGCAUAUGAAGGCAACCGGGUUGAGUUGUUUUGUAGUGUGACAGGCUCCCCAUCCCCAGAUGUUCGUUGGUUGCAGUGGUCAACUAAAACAUAUUUCAUCCCAACUGUAUCUGUAUCCGAGCGGAUUUACGUCACGAGUUCUGGGACUCUUAUUAUACUUACUGCCAGGCCGGAAGAUGCUUCUACGUAUGAAUGCCGCGCUUCGUCUCCUGCUGGUUUUACUAGGAGCCUGACAGAUAUUCAAGUUCUGUUUAAUCCCAAAUUAAUUCCAGGUCGUGUGGGUGCUGUCUCAACUCCUCAUAUUUUCGGUAAAAGCUUCCGCAGUCCAACAGCAGUACGAGUACUUUGUGGCAUUCCGUUGGAUCCUGUAUUCAAUUAUUCACAUGGAACUCAAUAUAUUUCUAAAGAACCCGAACUUAGCGCAAAAUCGGACAUAAUAUGGCUUAACAAUGGUGAAUUCAUUCAUAAACCAAGUUCAUCGAACUCUCGGAUUUCAAUCGAGGCAGAUGGCUCUUUACUACUUCAUCCAUUUCGACCACAUGAUGCAGGAAACUACACUUGUUCCGUCUACCGAAAAGUAAGCCAUCGGUUCGCACGGUACUCUUUCACUAUAAGCUUAAAAGAGCAUAAUGAUUCAAUAUAUCAACCUCGUACGUAUUCCCAGUUACCUUCACCUCCAGAAAAUGCAAGAAUUGUUAGUGUUGGUGACACGUGGGUAGUUUUAAAAUGGUCUGACAACAAUUCUUCUGAGUCAACAAGCUAUAAAGUUUACGUUUUACCGCAGAUUCAUUCUCAGAAAACAGUUCACUCAGAUCAACAUUUUCAGGACCUAAAGCACACUAAGACUACCAGUGAUCAUAUGAAGUCAGAUGAAACACAGAUGCCUAGUAGUAAACCCUUUAAACUGGAUACCUGGUUCACCGCAAUUGAAAAAACUUACCAUACCCAAGUCCGUAUAACAGGCCUACUACCUGAUACCGGAUACUGGGUUGAAGUUAGAAAAGUUAAUAGUUUCGGAAUGAGUUCAGGAGCUCUAGUACCUUAUAUAGUGUAUACUGUAAAAAAGCCUUCUGAAAUUAUAUUUUCACAUGUUUCAAAAAGUAAUAGGACAGUUUCUGAUUUGGUAAUCAAGCAUCCUGAUUCGUUUUUUGCUGGUGGUCAAACAGCUGUUGAUUUUCAGGAGCUGGUUUCAACAUUCCAAUCCAUCGAUUUACAUCGCAUAUCAAUCCGACCCCUCACGUCUUCCGAACUUUUGGUUAGCUGGGCUGCACGGUCUUCUAAUGAAGUGCUCAAGCGUAUUGAUGGUUUCAAAAUAAACGUGCGAUCAGUUCCAAUGUCACGUUGCAUAGCUGCUGUUACAUCUAAACCACCAAGCUAUUCGUCUGCCUUUCGCGAAAACAUUGGAGAUUCAGAAUCGUUGGAUAUUUAUGAUAUUAAUCAUGAGGAUUUUUCAUUUACUAGUUCAGUUCACUGUUCUUUCACAUCCCCUAAGCUUCUCGAACAAACAGUUUUAAUGGCUAAUGCAGUGAGUGAUAAAGAUGUAAUAUAUGUUGGGACCUCAGAUCACUCAUUUCAAAACAUAAUCAUCAUGAAGACUGUAUCUCGCGAUCAGCCGGUUGCUAAGGCUGUUAUCGGUGAUCUGUCACCUUUCAGUUGCUAUGAGACGGAUAUUGAAGCCUUCAAGGACGAUCCAACAUACGGUCGUAUUCUAAGCAGAUCUAGUCGAUCUGAAUUGGCUUUGACUCUCGAUGCACCACCCAGCUCCUCGCCAGAAUUAAUAAGCGCCGAAUGGCUUCUUCAUAUUAGUCCGUUAAAUCCCGAACAAAUAACAGGAGGUCAGAAAAUCAACUCUUCCACAUAUCCAUCUGAAAGUAUUCGAUUAUCAUGGAAACCACUUGAGUUAAAAAUGGCUCAUGGUGCACUGUUAGGAUAUGCAGUACAUAUCCUGGCGAACAAAAGUCAGUUCAGUCGUUCUCUUCAUGUAUCUGCAGACAUCCAUUCAAAAAAUAUUCAUGGCCUAAAUCCGUUCGUCGAUUAUAUCAUUUAUAUUUCUGGGAUAAACUGCAAAGGAGAGGGAGUACGUAGUUCUGGAUAUCAUCUUCGAUCUAUUGCCGCUGGGUUGCAUAAUCCUAUUAAGUCUUCUGAUUAUGAAUUAAAUUAUUUAGAACAUUUUGAUUUCCCUGUGUGGGGUUAUAUUCUACUUUUUGGGUUUGUCGUCUUCUGGAUUUUGUUUGGCUUAUUUAUUCACUUUGUCGUCCGUCAAACUUCAAGAAAGCAGUGUUUAAAAUCUUCAGCCAAGUAUUUCGUUGCUAAUGGUUCUAACAUAGAUGCGCAGCAUCAGAAAACCUCUCGGAGAAAUAUUCUACAUGGAAUAAGUUUCGGAAUGUGCUGUACCUCGUUAACUUUCCAAAAAAACAAGUCAGAAAGUCACUCCAUUGUUGAUAGAAACUUGGGCACCGUCUUACUGAGUAGUGAGCAACAAGAGGUGGAAACGGGACAUCUACUCCAUCAUUUGAACCCAUCUCAAUCUAAGUUACAUAGUGACAAACCUGUUUCUGAACACAAAUUAAUGACUUUACGUUCUGCCUCUGGCAAAAACGAAGCAACUUCUACAGGAUGUACACAUGCAGCAUCACCGCUGUUUGAGUACUUAACCGGCAAUGAAGACGUUGAGGUGUAUGCUAUCAGUGAUCCUUCUGUGUGUUCUAAUAACCUUAGUUACUUGCCUUCAGGUUUAUUGAAGAUGACUACAACAUCCGGUAGCAAUGCAACUAUCUUAAGCCAAAACGGAUUAACUGAAGAAAAUAUGUCGAAUCAAAGUAACCCAAUUAGCAGACCGAAAUUGCCAGAUUCAAUAAAUAUACCAUUCCCAGUACCUCCGAUUUGUCACUCAAAUUUAUGUACACCGAAACUUGCAUACCAAAGCAACUCUUUACAUUUACUGUCGCUGCCAGAUCGUUAUGCGUCAAACCAAUUAGACGAAUCUAUUAAUCCACAGAAGUUCACUUCAGAGGAUACUGUACCCGCGUAUGCAAGUUGUUCAGUAUUUAAUAUUCACAAAACGGAAGUCAUCGAUCAUUGUAAUCAACACAGUGGAACACCAAGUGUUGUACCGAUGCGCAACAAUAGUAACUUGUGCACGAAAUUAAAAAACUCUAAUCGAAAUAAUUUUGUUGCGAAUUCAUUCAAUCUAGGCGAUAAUUUGAAAUCUGCAGAAUUUCUAGCAUCUGUAAAUGGCAGUCAUUUACCAUUGUCUAAUGAUUUCCAUAAUGCUGCUUCUUGUAGUUGGCAAUUUAUUCCACAUAACAUCAAUGGUUCAGUAAUUCGAGAGGAGCACAAACCAGAAAAUGUUAUUCCUCCCCCACCUGAAUAUCCACCACCGCCUUUACCGUCGGCUUCAACAAAAUUAUGCGGUCUUCCUAAUUUAUGGAUUCCAAAUUCCGAAUCAGGUGGUGACCUACAUAGACCACUUGAAUUAAAAGAGCAUCAAUUACGUUUUGUUUCAGACGAUAGUAGUCUACCAAGUGGUGGAACCUACCUGUCAAAUUGUUACUCUCCUCUGUCAGGAGCUUAUGCUGAAACUCGUUACAUUUCAUGUACAAUACCAAAUUCAAACAUUGGCUUUCAUAAAGUCGGUUCUUGUUUUGUUAAUAGUCAGGCGAAUAAUUGCAUUGAAUUGUCUCCACCAUGUUAUAUAAAACAAUAUCUCUCUCCAACUGAUCAAAAUAUAACAGAAUUUCAUGAUACAAUGUGUAUGGUUAGUGCAGAACAUAGUCUCAGUCCAUUAGGUAAUGCUUUCCCAAAUACUUCAGUAAUUAUUAACCCUGGACAAUUUGAUUCACCUGUACGCGGUAAAAGUUGUCAAUUAUUCACCGAUAAUAGUGGAAAUGGUGAAAGUAGUAGUGGUUUAUCUGCUACAAGUGGUUUGGGGAGUACUGCUAUAGGGAGCGGAAGUGCUAAAUAUCCUGCAUGUAGACGACCUGAUGAUAUACAUACUGUUAAUGGACUUACAUCCGGCAGCGAUUCAUCUAAUUGUUCCAACGUACACAUGAGUAUAGUAAUGCAUCGGAAUAACCAAAAUACAUUGCCACCAUACUUUUCUCCGGCAGAACAACGACGACAACAAAUAGCUCAGUCUAUUUCGAAAUCUGUUCUACUCUCAUGCAAUACAUCCUGUUGUUCUUCAACAUCCUCUUCAUCUACUAAUUCUAAGAAUGGAAUUAUAAAAAAAUCGGAACAUUAUUCAAGUCAUCCGAGUAAUAAUAAUAAAAAUGAUAGUAAUGCUGAUGAUUUGUCAAAAUCGUUUCAAUAUGUUAUACCUGAAAAUAUUUCAUCUAAUAAUAAUUCAAUGCAGUUAUCAUCGUUAUUCUGUAGAUAUGGUGAACUUCCACAACAACAGCGGUCAACGAAUUCACUUGUUGUAUGUAAUCCAGUUAUCUCUAAUAGUGCAAAUUUUCAUGAACCUUCUAUGCUAUCAACACCAACCUGUAAUCAUUGUUUUACUGAAUCAAAUGUUAAUAAAAAUGAAAUUAACAAAUCAUCAUCACAGAUGAUGCCAACAACUGUUCUGGUGUCCAGUCAUGAUCUAAGUAAAGCGACUAGUUCCAGUACUACUACUACUACCACCGGUACUGUGACUAAUAAUAAUAAUAGCGUUGGUGCACAUUGUAGAACUAUUCGGACAUGAUUACUUAUGAUGCAUUGAAAGUGAUAUGAUCCCAUGUAUACUCAAAGUUGUUCAUCUGUAUUCACUUAGAAUUUUGUGUUUCAUUAAUUGAUUAAUUCAUCACUUCAUUAUUUACGAAUCACCUCUCCCCAUUUAUAUUUAUUCAUCUAUUUUCAAUUGUUUUUUUUUUCAUGAUUUACUCAAACAUUAUGCAACUCAUAUCUGUUAUGUAUACUGAUGGAUUAUGUAUUUCGAAAAUUUUGCACUCAUUAUUAGUAUUUCAGAUCUCAAUAUUUGUAUUGUACAAUCUGUUUUUAACGUUAGGAUAUGAUAUUAUCAUUUCCACUAUUAUUUAUUUAUUCUUAUAUACUAUUGACUAAUUUGAUAUCAUCGUCUAUUUCUAUAUUUCUUUUUUGAUAGUUAUGUAUAUGAUGUUGUGUUUUUGAACUACAUGUACUUAGUGGGCGCUGAAGAUAUUGCCUAAGAUGACAAUAAAAGCUCUGUCUUGCUUAGAUAACUCAAUACUAUUAAAAACAUCUACCUAUGCUGCACAUCUUUAUCAUAUAGUAAAACUACUCUGUGCUUUUUCCGUUGAUUGUAAACUGAAUUCUUAAUAUUCAAAUGAUUAUUGUUUUUACUAUGCAUCAUUCAUGAUACUAUUACUAAUAUUGUUACAUUUACGACUGUGUUAAUAAUAUGAAUGCUAUAGUAUAUUGUUAUGCAGUGUUUGUAUUGCAUUUGUUUUGUUUGUUGAUUGUAUUAGUGAAUUAACUUCAUUCUAAGUCUUUUCCUCACACUAGACGUCUUUGUAUCUUUUCUACUCUCUAUUUAAACUGCUAACGUGGAAAUACCAAUAUCUUUGAUGCUAAUUAUAGAUAUAACUUCAUGUACCUGUAAUUGGACAGUCGUAUACUUCAUUUUUCUAUCUGAGAUUUGACAAUUUUGACAUGAAGUCUAAAUUUUUUGUACACAUUUAUUUACUAUACAUAAGAAGAAAUAACUAAAUAAUGAACUUGACUUAAGACUAAACGGUUCGUUCAUUUUGUUGUUGUUCUUGUCUCUUCUCUCUCUCUCUAGUUUUAUUUUACUUUUCAACAGUUUGUUCAUUUGUGUUUUUAUCUCUUUAGGUGUACAUAUCUAUUGUCUAUUUAUCUUUGUAUUCAUAUGUUGACCAUGUGAAUUUAAUAAAUAUUUAGCCUAGAUAGUGAUUUAUUUAUUUAGAAGAAUUUAUUCAGGCAUUUUAAACAUAAAACAAAAUGAAUCAUUAAGCAGUUAAUCUUAUUAUAGGAUAGAAAUUCUAUCAAUAUGAUUAUCCUCUUGGUACUUUCGAAGAAUCCAUUACUCGAUUGGUUGUUAACUAUUAAUUUAUUGAGUAUUAUUUAUGUGUUAUUUAUUUAUUUAUUUAGUAUUAAAUUCACUAACGUUAUAA